CCCAGCUGUUUUCUGCCUCUUUUCCUUCGCUUCUGUAAUUUGCUUUACUUCUCUCUCUCUUUCUGUCGAGGUGCAGACAGGAAUGCAGAGACCUGCAGUGGAGGUAACAUCUCCUACUAGCACUCACAUCUUAAGGUACUCUUGUUGACAAAAGAUAGCAAGGAAAUAAUACUGCUGGCUAGAGCACAGUCCUGUGCAGUACUAUUGCUCUGACUGAAGUCAUGAAAAAGUCUAAUGAAGUCAUUAGAGGGGGAAGAAAAAGAAAGGAUGGCACUGAAUAUCUUCUUAUUGGCAAAGAUGGCAUGCCGUAUACCUUUCUGGAGGCUGAUGAAAAAAAGCCCACCAAGCCAGUGAAACAACCAGUACGGGUCACACCACCAAGGGCUGCAAAGUUACGGAAUCUUCCUUCUCCCAAGACCAGUCAGGAGAACAUUUACCGGUGUAGUGAAUGUGAAGCUUGUUUUGAAGCAUCCAAUGAACUUCUGCAGCAUUAUCUUUUGCAUGUUAAAGAGAAGCCCUGUGAAUGUGACUACUGUGGAAAGUCCUUCAACUGUUCUUCCAGCCUGAUGCGCCACAGGAUGAUUCACACAGGUAAAAGACUGCACAAAUGCUCUCUUUGCCAGAAAGGGUUCAGAAGCACAGGGGAGCUUGUUCGUCAUCAAUCUGUGCAUACAGGAGAAAAGCCAUAUACAUGUGGAAUCUGCUAUGUGAAGUUUACACUGAAGAAGAACUUGAAAAGGCAUCAGCGAAAGCAACAUGAUGGACAAGACUCUGUCUCAAAACCACUCAGCAGUGAAAGCACAUUCCAAGGUCAGUCCUCUCAGCAUGUCUCUGAGGUGGAGGUUGUGCUUGAAGAUGACGAUUGCAGCCCACUCACAGAGGAAUCUGUGGAAGAGGAAGAAGUAGAAGAAGACAAAGAUGAAGAGGAAGCUGAAGAUGAGGAUAGCCAAAUACAAGUCUGCAGAAUUAAAGAGGAGCAUUUUUCUGACCUUUCCAGUGAAGUACCUACAUCAGAUUGGAGCCAGCAGAAGCUGUCAGAAUCCAGAAACCUUUUGAGGAGCACUCAUUCUGGUAUGCAGUUUGACCAGGAGAACAUGGAAGAUAAUGAAGUAGUCAAUAAUAGUAUUUCCCAUGGAGAUAUCAAAUUUCAGUGCUUGGCCUGCAAAAAGUUGUUUCUGACACAGGAUGUGUUACAGACACAUCAGUGCAUUCCUCCAGAAGCUUAUGGAAAUGACAGCUUCAUCACUUAUUGCACCUCCAGCCUUCGGGGACCCCAGGUGAAUGAUGGAGGCAUGUAUUUAAAUUGCUCCACUUGUGGCAACACUUUUAGGUGGUCAUCUACUUUACAGCAACAUCUAAGUGUGCAUCCGAAAGAGUGGCCCUUGAAAUGUGGAGAUUGCCAAAACAGGUACCGGCAAGUUUCCAGUCUUAGACCACAUCACGCAAGUGGCAGGUUAUUCCUGUGCAGUAUCUGUCAAAACACAUUUGAAGACUCAAAUGCAUUAGCAGCUCAUCAGAAAGUCCACUACAGAGAGCAAACAUAUCAGUGUGGAAUUUGCCAGGAAAGGUUUUCAGAACUGCUUUCUCUACAGAAACACCAGGAAAUGCACAAUGACGAAAUACCAACUGAGCAAGGUAUCUUCCAGAUAUCUAGUAAAGAACAAGCACAGCAGAUGUUAGCAAACAUACAUCACAAUUUUGAUGAGGGCAGUUCAUCAGGAAGGGAGGAUCUUCACCACUGGAUUCCACCAGAGGUCACUGAUAGCUUUCAAUCUGGUAAGAAACUGCACAAGACAAUCUCCAGCCUUACAGUACAUUACCUUGAGCACACAAAACACAAGCCAUUCAAAUGCCCAGUUUGUGGUGAGACAUUCAAAAAAUCUUCAUACCUUGAACAGCACAAACUUGUCCAUACUAGCAUGCGUCCCUUUAACUGUGUCAUUUGUCAGAAGGGCUUUCGCAACAGGUGUGACUUGCAGCGGCACCAUCUGGUCCAUACAGGUGAAAAGCCCUUUCAGUGUCCAGUAUGCCUUAUCAGGUUCACACAAAAAAGCCAUCUACAGCGACACAGGAGAAAACAGCAUGGUCAUAUGCCAGCAUGCUAUGAUGUUAUAAUGGACAUCAAAGGCCAGCAUGCUACCUCCUCCUCCUCCUCCUCCUCCUCUUAAAGAGACAGACGUUACCAGGUUUAAUGCAAGCGCAGCAGGGAGAGUAUCCUAAUACCGUUAAACAGGACAAAUGCUUACAUGUGAAAAGUCUGUGUCUUGCUUUUAAAAGACGACUUUAAUCAUAUCUACCAAGAAUCUUCACUGGAAACAAAAGUUUGGUCUUUAUGAGUGAUCUUUCACUUAUCUUUCAAAGUACUUAGUUGGUUAACUGUAAGUAACACAUUCCAUUCUGCAACCAGCAUAAUUUGACCUUAGUUGGUCAAUAAAGAUUAUGAAUCCCUUAUUACUAAUAUGUGGUCUAGAAACUAAUUUAUAUUUGCUGUCUACGCAUCAUUUUUCAGUAUUUUGACAGAAGUCAUGAGUUUACAACUGUUUACCUUUGUUACAAGUCUUCUCUAUGCUAUAUAUGUAACUACUCUAUCUUUGUCUCUGUAUGGUAUGGCAGUUGACCAUUUUUGCAUCUGUCCAUUUAGGGAAUGAAUUCCUAAAGUGGUAUGGAUGUGAGUGCACUGUUAUAUCUGUCUGUUCAGAGAAUGAAUUUCUAAAGUGGUACAGCUGAGAUUCCAUUGUUGUUAAAUGACCUGUGGGAACUUUUUAAUAAUUUACAUUCAAUGGCUUAAAUAUCAAGGACUCACAAGACUUGACUCCAAGAAUAUGCAACAAGCCUACUCUGUGAUGGAAUGAUUUUUAAAUCAUUGUGUGCACCUAAAAAAUGAUGUACCUAUUCAGAAUUGUAGCAUACAUGUUGACUUUAUGGGAUUACACUAUAACAAUGUAAACAUGAUACAGUUAAAAAAAAACUAAAAGUUUACAACAACUUUAAAAGUUGGCACAAUUUAAGUUCUGCCGUUAUGUUUUAACACUCAAGUACAUAUUGAUGUUACUCAGUUCCAUUGAGAUAAAGAGAGAUUAUUGAGCCAU